CCAUUUGAUAUUACAAUUACGCAAAUCCGCUUAAAUGACAUUGUUUAGCCCGAGCUAGCUAAAGUCAAGUGAUUACCGUUGCACAGCUAAUGUUAGCUUGGUGAUCCGGAAUAGGGCGGAAUGAGACAAUGCUGCCGCUAACGUUUCCUGCCGGCGCUUGUUUAUAUACACCGCCGUUACACGCGUUGCUACGUCGCUAAGAAAAUGUAUGAAGGGCAACAAUGGCUGGCCCUGGAAGAGUUGUUAGGUGUUGCUUUCACCCAGACAGACGCUUGUCUGCGGGAUAAAAUAGAGACUUCCCUUGGGGAUCUUCCUUCCUGAGGUUUUCAGAGAGCUAACACAUCGAAAAGCAAAGGUGUAACGUGAAAGCUGAAGUUGAUCAGACGUUCCAGUUGUCCACAACGUGAAGCAGUUGCGCAGUGGCGCCGGAACUGCUUUACUUUCAGUGUUUGUACACCGCCAUUCCUCCGCAUGCCGCUUUUACCCGUGACAACUAUGGAGACCACUCAGGUUACGUUGACAGUAAGAGGAGAGACAGCCCCAGGUGAGGUCAUUGCAGUGGUUGGUAGCUGUGAGGUCCUGGGAAGCUGGUGCCAUCAAAAAGCUGUGAUCUUACAGCCUGUUUGUGAUGAACAUAUGACGUGGACCAAGACGAUUACUAUGCCCGGAGGAAUUGUUUCCAAGUAUCGCUAUUUCAAAGGCUUCUUCCUUGAGUCAAAGAGUGCAGGUGGUCCCUGUCAAGUGAUAGUCAAUAAGUGGGAGACCCAUCAGCAGCCCCGCACGAUGACCCCCACAGAAUCCCACCUGAAAAUUGAUGACGGGCAGUUUGGAAUUCACAAUGGGGUGGACUGUGUAGACUCUGGUUGGCUGACAUGCCAGACAGAGAUUCGUCUGCGUCUGCACCACUCCAAGAAGUCUCCAGUGUCCAUCACCAAAAAGAAAUACAAGAAGUCCCGCUUCAGGAUAAAGCUCAUGUUGGAGGGUAUUGAGGAAGAGGAAGAGGAGGAAGUGGAGGAGCCUGUGCCCUCAUCCUGGCACAAGAUGACUACCACCCUGGAGAUCAGUAUGAUCAGUGGCAACUGCUACAAGUCACGUCACUCUCAGCCUGAAUGUGGGUAUGCCCUGGAGCCCUCACAGUGGACUGAGUACAGCAUCCACACCAUGGACCCGGACAACCUGGAGCUCACCUUUGAGUUCUUUGAGGAGGACCUGAGUGAGCAUGUAGUCCAGGGUGAUGCCCAUCCAGGACAUGUGGGUACAGCGUGCCUCCUGUCCUCAUCUUUUCUAGAGAGUGGCAAGGACAUUGGUGUGGUCACACUUCCUAUCAUGGGACGAAAUUCCAGACAAACCAUCGGGAAAGUCCGAGUGGACUACUUGGUGAUCCGCCCUAUCCAGGGUCUUCAGUGUGACAUGAGUGCCUCCUUCACCAAGCACUGGAGAAAAAGGACUGCCCUAGAUGUGGGCCAUCGAGGAGCUGGCAGCACACAGGCAGCCAAGCACCACAAAGUCAGGGAGAACACUAUUGCCUCAUUCAAAAGUGCUGCCAAGCAUGGUGCUGCCUAUGUAGAGUUUGAUGUUCAUCUCUCAAAGGAUUCCAUUCCCAUUGUGUACCAUGAUCUGACCUGCUGUAUAUCCACCAAAAAGAAGAAUGACAAAACUUCACUUGAGCUGAUAGAGGUGCCAGUCAAAGACUUGACAUUCGAUCAGCUGCAGCUUCUGAAGCUAGCCCAUGCCACUGCCAUUAAGGUGAAUGAUCACAAAGAUCUGUUGGAUGAUGAAGACGAAAUUGAUGAGCAUCAGCCCUUCCCCUCCCUCUCGCAGAUUUUCCAAGCAGUUCCAGAGCACGUGGGCUUCAACAUUGAGCUGAAGUGGAUUUGUCAAAUGAAGGAUGGAUCAUGGGAAGGUAACCUGUCAUCCUACUUCAACAUGAAUAUUUUCCUGGACAUCAUCCUGUCCUGUGUUCUGCAGAGAGCUGGCAAUAGACGCAUCGUCUUCUCCUGCUUUGACCCGGACAUAUGCACCAUGGUGCGCCAAAAGCAGAACAAGUACCCCAUUUUGUUCCUGACUCAGGGAAUCUCAGACAUCUACCCCGAGCUAAUGGACAUCCGUUGUCAGACUACCCAGAUUGCCAUGAGCUUUGCCCAGAGCGAGAACAUCCUGGGUAUUAGUGCCCAUACUGAGGAACUGCUGAAGAACCUUGGCUACAUCCGGGAGGCCCAGUCUAAAGGGCUGGUGGUCUUCUGCUGGGGUGAUGACAACAAUGACCACGAGACCAGAAGGAAGCUGAGAGAACAGGGGAUCGAUGGGCUCAUUUACGAUAGAAUCUGUGAGGACCAAGGAGAGCAGCCUAACAUCUUCAAAGUAGAGGAGCAACACUCCUUGCAGGAGGUGAUCACAGAAGAGACCCUGAAGAGCUGUACCUGCUCCUGUUACUCUAUUCCAUGCUCCUCUGCACCCUGCCCUGCCUCAAAAGCCCGCGCUGGCAGCGCUGAGUCCGACUCUGGCCUCAGCUCCUCUUAAACACCUCAGUACUAACUUAACCUCCCUUUGACUGUCGGUGCUAUGCAGGACUGAAGUGGGAAUGGGAUGGUAAAAUUAGUAUGUACUGAUUCAUAAAUGAGUCAAAGGAUGUGUGUGUGUGUGUGUAUAUAUAGGCCAAGAUUUGAGCAAGUGAUGUUACUCAAAGAGUCUGUUGUGUCUUUCGUCCCUCCGUGCAUUUUCAGGCAGCAUUGACUACACUUGAACAAGCCUCCACUCCACUCUUUCCUCAGCAAACAUGCUGUAGCAACACGUUUGCAGAGGUUGAGGCAGACCAUUAUCCACACAAUUCUUAAUUUUUUUCCCUGGAAAUUGAGGAACAUUUACCAAACCAACAUCAUACAAUGUAUUUACUUUUUUUUUUAAUGCAUGAGACUGAGAGAUAGUAUAUUUAAAGAUAGAGACACUUUCCAAGACCAACCCUAUAAAAGUCAGGUAGUGUCUUCACAACACUGUUCUUAAAGGUGGAUGCUUAUUUUGCUGGAUUGUUGCAUGUGUUUUUUCUCACAGUGCUAAAUUAAAAUGAAGGGUGUACAUGGGCAUAGAUGAUUACAUUCACAUAUUAUAGUAAGGGAUAUCAAAGUUAACGAUAUUACAGGUAAUGCAAUAAAAAAUUUUCUUUUCAGCUUUAUAGUCAAAUGAUUUUUUCCCCCUGGUAUUUUUAUUGUGCUAAAAUAGCAGCAAGUAAUGCUUAUGUAUUAGAAAAAUAACAAAAUCAUUCAGGGCAAUAUCCUUUGAUACAGAGAUUCUUGGUAAGAAAACUGAAGUACUAUGUUAUUCGUUGAAGUCAGAAGUGUAUUAGGAUAACUGCACAUGUAACUUUUUAUGAAAGCUCACCUCUUGGUGGUGAAACAACAGCACUUGUAAGGUGCCUACAUCUGAAAUUAUACUGUUUGAUUGCAUCCCAAAGAAACUGUUAAACAGUUUUUUGGCACCUAUAAAUUUCCAUUAAUCUUAUCAUUAGGAAGAGCUUUACAUCUACACUACACAUAACAAUAUGAUUAUGCAUAAUGCAAUGUUAAUGCUACAUUUGAUUUUAGCAGAACAAGUUCAUUGUUCUGUAUGUUGGCUGUUGGUAUUUUAUCACAGGAACUGAGAAAGUAAAACCAAAUACUUUGAGCAUUGCAUGCACUAUCAGAACAGGUAACAUUGAAUUAAUAGGAAUAAAUGAGUCCAUUAUACCAGUAUUUUCACUGAUGCUUCUGGACAGAAAAAUAAAAAGUGCAAAUGGGGAAAAAAAAC